AAUCCUCAGUAGCUGCUGCUCCUCCUGCGGUUUUCCCCUUGCUCCUGCACAUUCUCUGCACGUGUCUGACCCUACCACAGCUGUGGCAGGCCAGGGCCUCUGCGGGACACAGUCCUUUCCCUAGCUUGUGUGUCAGGCCACAGUUGCCACAGCGCUUCAUCUGGUGUGGUGGGCGGCCUUGCCUGGGGCUGCCGGGCGGGCCAGUGGUGGGCUCCAGCAGUGAGAAGGGGCUCAUCUGCUUGCUCGUCUGGCAGCGACAUCACCCCUGCUGCCCCAGCCACACUUUCCCGCCCAAAGCUCCCGCCCUCGGCGACGUGGCGAGCAUCUUUUUGGGCGGCCUCGAAGGCAAUGCAGAAAUUACGUAACGAAUCCACAUCACUGAAGGACUCAAACUCACGAAACACCUCCUCUUUUAGCACUACACUAUGUAAACCACACACUAGCUUAUGAAGGAGCAUGUAUUCCGACAGGCUACACUGAGGACACUGGAACUCAAAGUCAGCUGCAAGCUGAGUUGACCGCGUAAAGUACUCACAAAUGGAUUCACUGGGCCCGUGCACUGCCGAGAAGAACUUGCACUAAUCUGCCUGGUUGGUCGCUUGCAAGGCCAUGCGACCUACCGCAUCCAGGAUUUCCGGAAUGGGGAGGACCUCCCACUGCUGCGUGGAGUACCUGGCGUCUAGAGAGCGUUGCAGUGAACAGAGGAGGCGGAUAAGCAACACUGCUCCAGCCGGUGCGAAUCCAUUAAGGGCCAGCCAAUACUCCACCGAGCACCUCCAAGAUCGGAAGGCUGCAGUGGAUUUCUCAGGGGCUGACGACCGAGGGGCUGAAGAGUGGUGGAUGGGCCUCACCGCUACUUGGCGUUGCAGGGGCUGUGAUGACUUCGGUCUGCGCCAGGAGCAGCUGAUGUGCUUGUCCCAGGGCCGUGGGUGCCUGGGAUCACCGACUGCUGGACCUUGGGGUGUGGAUGUGAAAGGGGAGCCUGUGGUGUUGGAGAAAAAAGGCUGGUUAGCAAGAAUCAUUCAGCAUGAGAUGGACCACCUUCAUGGAAAACUAUACAUUGAUUGUAUGACAGCAAGAACUUUCCAAAAUGAUGGAUGGCAUAGAAUUAAUGUUCAUCAGGGGAGAGUGAAGAUAGAAUUUCAUAAAAAAUGAUAUCAGAUAAACAAUUUCCUCUUAAAUAUAUAUAUAUAUAUAUAUAUAUAUAUAUAUAUAUAUAUAUAUAUAUAUAUAUAUAUAUAUAUAUAUAUAUAUAUAGAGAGAGAGAGAGAGAGAGAGAGAGAGAGAGAGAGAGAGAGAGAGAGAGAGAGAGAGGUCCUCUUUUACUGUGUACCUCAGUUAAUACAUUUGCAGCUUUAUGUGCACCGUCACUUUGUUCCUAUCACUUGUACAAUGCGCAAAAUUUCUGACUUUAUGCACACUUAGCGAAAGAAACUUUCAUUUGAGAACAAAAUAUAUAUGCUAUUAUUUUUUUUUUUUUCUUGUUGCCAAAAAACUAAUAAAAUAGAUUUAAAUAAAUUUAAAGAUGAUAUUUUAACAAUAAAAAUAAUAAUUAGAUGUUAAAAUAUAUAAAUUAAACAUUACAUAACAAUAAACCUAUGAGACACUUUGACGCUGUGUUUGUGUUUUGGUCCAUUCAUGUUGUUCCACUUCCAUCUUGCCUGUGUUACGGUUUCAUGUUUCAUAUUUGUUAAGCAUUAUGAUAUUUUGACCUUUGUAGGUUGGUGAUACAUAAUACUGGUUAUCUUUCUAGGUUUGUUAAUGUGGUUCCUUCCAAAGAGAAGGGUGUUAGAGGUAUAGCUUAUUAAAAAACUUAAAAUAUUUUCGCUUCAAGAGAAACUAGACAUCAUAGCCAAGGUUGAGGCAGGUGAAAAGCUCUGUGAAGUAGGCAGAUCUUACUCUAUUAAUGAGUCUGUAGUGCAUAACAUGGUGAAAUAUAAAGGUGCCAUAAAGAACACAGUGCAGGAAUAAUUCUUAUGUGAGGUCUCAGGGGUCAGUCAUGGUGGGUCCCAGUCCCAAUCUUAUUUAUAACAUAGGGUUCUAUUACUCCAUUAAUGUGUUUUCGAUAUAUGUGCACAUUUUCUCGGUCUCUUUCCUGCACAUUAAGGGAGGAUCCCUGUAUAUAUAUAUAUAUAUAUAUAUAUAUAUAUAUAUAUAUAUAUAUAUAUAUAUAUAUAUAUAUAUAUAUAUAUAUGAGAGAGAGAUGAACUAAUGUAUGAAAACAAUAUUAGAAUAGCAUGAAGAUGUUAAACUUUUAGGAUUAACUGAAUGAAAAUGCAAGUUACAACAUUAAUAUGCAUAUAUACAAGAGUGAAAGAUUGUACAGUAAUUCAAUUGCUUUAAAGGUUGAUGUGUAAUCUGAACUAGAGAGCAGUACUGUGGAUGCUGAACUCAUGGUGAACAGAUGCCAUCACAUUAUAAGGUGCUUCAUGGAAACCUAUACAGAUACAUGAGCAAUAAUUGACUUAUUUUUUGCUAGAAUUUGGGUGAAGGCAGUCCUUCACAGCUGAGAGGAGGAGUCUGCUGAUGAGGUGAUUAGCAAGUCUCAUUACAGUAAACUAAUAAGUAGACUGAAUAGAUGAGUGGCUUGAUGCCAAAAUCACUUCCUAUUGUCUGUUCACUUGCACUUCUGCUUCUCAGGACAACAGGUAUUUGAUGAAGCCACUGAAAUUCUCUGAAUAAGGCUGUGAGAGAUAGAUUUUGUUCGUGGCACAUUCAGGAUGAAAAUUUGGGAAGGCUAACCUGAAUUCCUGUACCUCUUGAGAUUGGUGGUGAGCCACUGCAAGCAAAGCAAACUUUUUCAGCCAGGGGCUUUGUGGAGGUGCUGUAAUUUCUUUUCAAAACUUAGCAAUCUUGAAAGUAUUUUCAAGCUAUAUGCAGAGAUAUUUUUAUGUAUUAAGAGUAGUAAUGAUUUAUUAAUAUGACUGAAUAAUUAGAUUAGCUUUGCUCAUUAAGGAUAAACAAUAGCAUUUUUCAGAAAGCCUUGUUGCAUUAUUGUUCCUUAUAUUCAUAUUACCUUGCACCAUAUACUCAUAAUAAACAAAAAAUUGAGGGGCAGCUUCAGUUCCCUCAAGCCCCCUACCCCCUGGAUCUGCCCCUGAAUAUGUACAAAGUUAAGGAAGAAGGAUUUUUACACAAAAAUAAAAGAUGCAAGAGCA